AUGGCGUCGGAUAAUCUUCGGAGGAUCGAGAGCGGGCUGAGCUCUCGGUUGAUCUUCCCAGACGAAGCGAUCCACUUCUCUCGCUCCGGNAAAAGAAGAGAGAUAAAAGCUAGGAGCGAACAAACACCCGGGCGGGGUGAGCUUCUGGUCUCAGACGGAUCGCAUAACCGUGGCUGGAUUUUUGGUGGUAGAUCGCGUUCGGAGGGAUCCUAUGGUGAGGAUGAGGAGGAUUAUGAUGUGGAUGAUGAUGAUGAUCUCGAUGAAGCCGAUGGUUUGGUUUCUCUUGAUGAUAACAAUAAUAAUGUAAAGAAUGGGAAUAAUAGUAGCAGUAGUGAACACAGUACUUUAGAGAAAGAGAACGGAGAGAAGAGCCAUUCUCCUUUUGGGUUGAGGAGAGGAAUGAUGGUUAGAGAUAUUAACUUAAGCGAGCAGGAGCAGCAGCAGCAGCAGCAAGAGCCCCUGGGCAACUAUGAAAAUGCAAUAAGUGUUGUACAUCCUGAAUCAUAUUGCUCUCAGAGUAUGAAUGGGGGAGAUGGUUCCAGUUCUGUUCAGAGAGAGACGAGGGGAGAGAAUGGGUAUGUGUUUGGUGGGAGGAAGGAGGCUGCGGUGCAUAUGGAUCCGGGGGAAUCCCUGAGGUCGCACUUCGUGGAUUCUAUAACUGGUGAGCUGAUGGAUGAUGCAAUGAUCCUACCAUGCGGCCACUCUUUUGGAAGUGGUGGAAUGCAGCAUGUUUCCAGAAUGAAAGCUUGUUGUAAAUGUUCAAGGCCUAUUUCAGAAGAUGACCGUGUGCGACCAAAUUUAGCUCUACGUUCUGCUGUUCAAGCAUUUCGCAGAGAGGGGGAACAAACCUCAAAAGUGGCUAAAAGAAGAAGAGACAGAUUUGAGCAGGAUAAAUGUAGCCCCAAUGAUCCAUAUUCUAUGGAUUCACGGGGUAAAGGUGUUCAGUUCCCUUUUAUGGUCUCUGACCGAGUCAUAAUCAAGGGGAACAAGAGGACGCCGGAACGCUUUGUCGGACGUAUUGCAGUUGUAACAACACAAUGCUUAAACGGAUGGUACGUAGUGAAGACCUUGGACAAUGCAGAGAGUGUUAAACUGCAGUAUCGUUCACUAGCGAAAGUGGCAGAUGAUUCUUCACCUUCUAAUGUGAUCCAAAAUAAAUCCACCACUCCAAGCUGGCUAUAAUUACACACCGAGGAAGAUAAAAACUUUUUUAACAUUUGACCGAUACAGAACAAGGUACAUCGCCUAUUGCUGUUGGCAGGGGAUAAGAGUUGGUGCUUUUGAAAGAUGAGGUCUUUUUUUAAAGAGCUGUAAAUCAAUUCAGCCUUACUGAAACCUGAGGCUGAUUUGUACAAACAGAUGGUUUUUGGUAACUUGUAUACAUCAAGUGAAUUGCACACAUACGAAAUUCAAGUGUCCUCCAUGGGGCUUAGUAAGUGUUAAUAUCUUCAAAUUUUCUUU